AGGUCGCUGUAGCUGCAGCGCAGUUGUGGAGGCGGUCGUGCAUGUGGACAGAGCGCAGGAUCUCGUGCAUGUGGACAGAGCGCAGGAUCUCGUGCAUGUGGACAGAGCGCAGGAUCUGUGAGGAUUAACGCGCUGCAGAGGACUCACUGGAUGUACUGAGAGGAAGGGGGGGUUAGAACAAGGUCUGACCAUCUAUAGUCAUGGAUGGGAAGAAGACGUUUGUGGCCUUGGGGGUUAUCUUUGGGUUUAUGGUUUCAGUUCUCUCUGGACUGGCAUCACCAAUUAUCAGUCCAGAUGAGGAGCAGCUGUUCCUGCAGCCCAACUCUCUCAUCAACAUCAGCUGCACCGGCGAGCAAGACGUGACUUGGGUUGAACCCCUGCCCCAAGACGCCACAGUUGUUCCUGGGGUUUUCUCCUCCACUCUCUUAAUUUACAACGCAACUGUGGAGCACACUCGCUAUUACGAGUGCAUCUAUGCAAGCCAGGAGAUCGACCAGGACGAUGAAAUGCCAAAUAAUGUGGCAUUUAUUUACGUCUUUGUCCAAGAUCCUGAUGUGCUGUUUGUCCCAGAGACACCGGAAAACCUUAUUGUCCCCUACAACCCGUUCCGAGUGAUCAUCCCAUGCCGUGUAUCCCAUCCAGCCAUUCCGGUUGUCCUGAAGAGCGUUUCCACCGGAGAGAAGAUCAGUGACUUUCAUGUUGGCCAGACAGGCUUUAUUGACAGCAUCCCUCCUGGGCAGUACCAGUGUGAGACAACCGUAAAGGACAAGACUUUCACAAGCGCCAUCUACACCGUCAAAGAUGAGGAAGCGGAGGAGGUGGAGGACUUUGAUGUGGAGGUUAAAGCUAGUGAAGAGACGAUGAGGGCGGGGCAGCCCCUCAACAUCUCCUGCAUCGCUCCAUCUGGCUCAGACUACCGUCAGUACUGGCUCCAUUCAAAGAAUCAGGCUCUAACUGCGAUUCAGACGAAGCAGACGUCUCCUGACUGGGUCAUCUACACCCUCAGCAUCCCGAGAGCCUCCCCUGAAGACAGCGGCGCUUACGAGUGCUCCGUCACGCACCCAGUCAGUGGAAAAACCCGAGUCAGCAGCGUGGCUGUAACUGUUUUUGAGGAGAAUUCUUUUCUGACCCUGGACCACAGUGGCAUUCUGUCGACGGAGUUUGUCAGCAUUUUAGAGGCGACAGAGUUUACUAUUCUCAUCAGUGCUUACCCCGUCCCCAAAGUUUCAUGGCUCAAAGACGGCAAAGAAUUGCCAGAGAACUACUAUGUCUUCAGCAAAACAAGCCACAGUGAAGGGACUCGGUAUGAGAGCAUUCUAACUUUUCGACAUCCUCUGGAGAAAGACAAUGGAAAUUACACCAUCAGAGUCCUGAGUGGCUCUCACACAAUUCAGUUCUCUUUUGUCAUUAAAGUGAGAGCUUCUGCUGGACCGAUGAUCUUACCUUCCUCGGCUCCCAUGAUGCUGCCUGAUGUGGACGAGAUGGUGGUGCCUCUUCACACAUCUUUUAGCUUGACGUGUCGCGGAGCAGCAGAGCUGGAGUGGGACAUGCCAUUUGAUAUGCUUGAGGAAACCCAGGAAGACAGCAGUGGUCUGUUUGUCACCACGGUCACCGUGAACAGUGCAACAGCCAUGCACACUGGCUCCUACACGUGCUUCUACAGCACAAACAGCACCGAUGACACAGAGGAAAGCAGCAUCUACAUCUAUGUGCCAGAUCCUGACGUUCCGUUUCUGCCAUCACCGGUGUUUAUGAACCACGUCCUGUCUGACCAUGAUGAGAUGGAGAUUCCAUGUAGGGUGUCUAACCCACAAGCCCAUGUGACACUGGUGAACACUGACACCCAGCAGCCUGUACCUUGUGUUUACGACAGUAAAAAGGGUGCUUUGGGAAUAUUUACGGCUGGAACGUAUGUCUGCAAGGCUGUCAUACAAGGAGAGGAGCACUCCAGUGUGGAAUACAUUGUACAUGGGGUGAUAGGUGCUUUAAAUGUUGAGCUGUCAGCCAAAAGAACUACUCUUCUGGUGGGAGACACCAUCACUGUCAGCUGUCUGGCUCAAGGACCUGACAUAUUGGAAGACCAUUGGAAAUAUCCUGGUAAACUGGCCAAUCGCGGCAGCAAAUCUUUCCGUGAAAACAAGAGAGACCAGGAGAUCUUGUACACUUUGACAAUUCCACAAGCCUCAACCAAAGACAGUGGCAUCUACUCCUGCUCCAUCACUGACAUUAUUUCUAAUGAAAGUCAGACGAAGCAACUUACCAUCCAAGUUUUUGACAGUGCGUUUGUGUCCAUCGAGCCAGAGUUCAAGGAAUAUGAAGCUGCAGAGCUGGAUGAGGUUCGGGAGUUCAGAGCAAAGAUAGACUCUUUUCCCGAUGCUCGUGUUACUUGGUUCAAAGAUGGUGUCCCACUUGGGGAUGUGACCGCUGAGAUCUCUACCAACCUACAGCAGAUCAAUGAGAUCAGCUACAUGAGUGUUCUCACACUGAUCCGUGCCAAGGAGGAGGACAGUGGGAACUACACCAUGCACAUACAGAAUGGAAACCUAAGUCGUGAUGUCAGCUUUACCUUGGAGGUUAAAGUGCCUGCAGUCAUUGUGGACCUGAUGGACCUCCAUCAUGGUUCAACCACAGGCCAGUCUGUGGUGUGUAUCACCAGGGGGCAGCCCACUCCUGUGGUGGAGUGGUUCAUCUGCAAGAACAUCAAACAUUGUGCCAAUGAUUCUUCUGUGUGGCAGCCUCUUGCCACCAACUCCACGGAGAUCACCACGGAGUCACACUUUGAUGAAGAGGGCAACCUGGAGAGCCAGGUCAUGUUUGGUCAUCUCGAAAGCACACUGGCCGUGCGUUGCCUUGCCACCAAUGAAAUGGCUGUCAUUAGCAGGGAGAUCAAACUGGUGUCCAAUGGCCCUCACCCUGAGCUGACUGUAGCUGCUGCUGUGCUGGUGCUCCUGGUCAUUGUCAUCAUCUCACUCAUUGUCUUGGUUGUCAUCUGGAAACAGAAACCAAGAUAUGAGAUUCGCUGGAGAGUCAUAGAGUCUGUGAGCCCAGAUGGCCAUGAGUACAUCUAUGUGGAUCCCAUGCAACUUCCUUAUGACUCUAGGUGGGAGUUUCCUCGUGACAGACUUGUGCUUGGUCGUAUCCUGGGCUCUGGAGCUUUUGGGAAGGUGGUUGAAGGCACCGCUUAUGGACUCAGCCGCUCUCAGCCCGUUAUGAAGGUGGCAGUGAAAAUGUUAAAACCCACGGCUCGGUCCAGCGAGAAACAAGCCCUGAUGUCUGAACUGAAGAUCAUGACUCACCUCGGACCACAUCUAAACAUUGUUAACCUCCUGGGAGCAUGCACCAAGUCAGGCCCUAUCUACAUUAUCACCGAGUACUGCUUCUACGGAGACCUGGUCAACUAUCUGCACAAGAACAGGGAGAACUUUCACAGCCUGAGCCCAGAGAAAAACAAAAAGGAGCUGGAUAUCUUUGGUAUCAACCCUGCAGAUGAGAGCAGCAGAAGUUAUGUGAUCCUGUCCUUUGAGAAGAAAGGAGACUACAUGGAUAUGAAGCAGGUGGACAAUACUCAGUAUGUCCCAAUGCUGGAGAUGAGCAGCACCUCCAAGUACUCUGACGUCCGGAGGUCUAACUAUGACCACCCUCCCUCACAGAAAGGCUCGACCGCAGAGUCCGAGAUGGACGCCCUGCUGUCAGACAGCAUGGACGAAGGCCUCACAACUGUCGACCUGCUCAGUUUUACCUACCAGGUGGCAAGGGGAAUGGAGUUUCUUGCUUCUAAAAAUUGUGUUCAUCGGGACCUCGCAGCCAGGAAUGUCCUCCUCUCUCAAGGCAAGAUCGUUAAGAUUUGUGACUUUGGACUGGCCAGAGAUAUUAUGCAUGACAACAACUAUGUUUCCAAAGGAAGCACCUUUUUGCCAGUAAAAUGGAUGGCACCAGAAAGCAUCUUUGACAAUCUCUACACCACUCUCAGUGAUGUUUGGUCAUAUGGCAUCCUUCUCUGGGAAAUAUUCUCCUUAGGUGGCACACCGUAUCCAGGGAUGGUGGUGGACUCCAGCUUCUACAACAAGAUCAAGAGUGGAUACAGGAUGUCCAAACCAGAGCACGCACCUAAGGAUGUGUAUGAGAUGAUGAUGAAAUGCUGGAACAGUGAGCCAGAGAAGAGGCCUUCCUUCAUGGGUCUGAGUGAAACUGUCAAGUCUUUGCUGCCCUCCAGCUACAAGAGGCAUUAUGAAAGAGUGAACCGUGACUUCCUGAAGAGCGACCAUCCUGCCGUGACCCGGGUGUGCACAGACGCUGAUGCAGAUUACGUUGACAUCCCGUACAAGAACCAGGGCAAGCUAAAAGAUCGAGAAAGUGGCUUUGAUGAGCAGCGACUGAGCUCUGACAGUGGCUACAUAAUCCCACUCCCAGACCUGGACCCAGUAUCAGACGACGACUAUGGAAAGAGGAACAGAUACAGUUCUCAAACAUCUGAGGAGAGCGCCAUCGAGACAGGCUCGAGCAGCUCCACCUACGCCAAGCGUGAGGGCGAGACUCUAGAGGACAUCACGCUUCUGGAUGAGAUGUGUCUGGACUGUUCUGACCUGGUGGAGGACAGCUUUCUGUGACAGUGGAGCAGGAGCAGAGAGGGUGGGGGUGUAAGGACAUGGGGCGAAAGAGAAAGGCUUUCAUAAUCAGCCAAAGACUCUGACCACGCCACCCCUCCUACUCCUCAGACUGCCAAAACUAAAACCACUUCAUGAUCUCAGUGAGUCUGUGGUGAACCCAAGGUACGCACAUCCCACCCCCCUAAACAAUGACCCGUUUUGGGUGAAGAAGUGGAUGAGCAUUGAUGAAAACUCAAAGGAAGGAUUAGAAGAACUGUCGGGCAUUCCACGUUGAACUUUUCCAAACGAUCAAUGCGUUUUUUUGAAUUUGAGAAGCUUUUGAGUAUUCGUUUUGAAGGAACAGCAAGAAAGAAGCAAUCAAUAAAGCUGAAACUUUAAAGAAACAAAACCACUACAGUUGCACUAUUUCAGCAAGAUGAGCUCAGUCCUGAAUGUGUUCCAGUGAAGAGUUACAGAAAGAGAGCACCUGAUGCUGGUACAAUCAGUAGCAAUAAAGCACAAAAUGUGGACAAUGUGCAUUCUUUGUAUGAGACCAUAUAGCAUCCUCAGUAGUUGUAUACAUGUGGUAGUUAAAUUUUAUUUUUUUUACGUAUAUGAACAUGAAUUAUUUGUGAAUAAUAAGACAGAUCAUAGCAGCUUGAAUAGUUUAUGAAAGAGCUUCUGGGUCGUGUGCCUCUUUGCUUAGUCUCACCUUUCCUUCUCCAGAUACCAAAAGGUUCGAGUCUUCAGACUUCUGUCCUGAUGGAGGCCCAGGUCAGAUGAGGCAGGUGGCUUUUAUCAAACUAAGAUGGAUUGUAUUGUAAAUAGCUCCAGAGUUGUUUUAUAAGAGAGAAUUAUUGGGAUGAAAUUGGAGUAUUUGAUGCGAGUAUAUGUUAAGCUUCAGCACCCUUUUAUGCUUCAGCACCCUUUUAUGCUUCAGCACCCUUUUCCACUUGUGAAGUUGUUGCUUUUAAACAACUUUUCCAAUAUGUUAAUAGUACCGUUCUUCAGAAAACGUGCACAUCAUAAAUGGUAAAUGGACUGUACUUGGCGCCUUUCUGUGUAAUCAAGAAACUCAAAAGCGCUUUACAACACAAUCUGUGCCUUCAUUUAGCUCCACACACACAUUCAUACAGCACUCUGCUAAUUGAACAAAUCCUUCUAAACAGAUCAGAGCGUCAGCUCACAUUCAUGCACCCAUGGGACACACAGCAGAGGUGAUGAGGGGGUCAGUGUCUUGCCCAGGGACACUUCAACAUGGGACUGCUGGUGGAAUUGAACCCACGUAACCAAUGGACAGCUGCUAUAACCAUUAAGCCACAGCUGCCCACCUCAACAUCUGUGGAUCAGAACUUUGAGUACAAAAUACUUUUCUUCCACGUCAGCAGUAUUUGAUGUUGUAUUAGUCCAUUUAGCAUCACAAACUGGGAGCCAUGAAACGAACGGCAUCAAAGGGACUUCUUUUUCAUCCUAAUAAACACAAACAGUGAUUCCAUUAUUUGAGUUGGAAGAUCUUGCUUGUUUUGAUCAAAGUCGAUCUGAGAGCCUCAUGUUGAGUGAGCUGAUGCUGAUGAUGUGUGUCCUCAUUAAUGUGAACACUGUGCUCGCUGUGACUGAACUGUUCGACAAAUGUUGCACUUUCCCCUCAUUUGUGAUGUUCCCAAAUAAUCAAGGCUGAGAUUAAAAAAGGAAAGUGGAGACAAAACAAACAAAAAAACAAUUGUGUUGGCUGCAGAUGUUUAAAGCAGAGUGGAUGUUUGGACCACAGCUGGAUGAUGUGUUGCUGAUAAUGAUACCUUAUCUGUAGUCAUAAAUAAUCACACACAUUAUGACUUCCUAUUAUCAUAUUCCAUUAUUUUAUAUCAUGUACUUUCAGGUGAUU